AUGGCAGUUCUAAGAGUAUUGUUCACUAAGAGCAGAAGGAACAAACUAGCCCAGGUGCUGUGGAUCUUAAACUGGGUGUCGGUCGUGAUGGGCAUGGUUCUGAUCACCUUGGGAGCAUUCCUGAAAAUGGAGAUCGGGAAACACAGUGAGGUAAUGGUCAGCCGAGGGGCAGAUUCGAUCCCACACAUGCUGCUGGCCGUGGGAGCCAUUGCCUGUGGCAUCAACUUCCUGGGGAGCAAGAUCUGCCAUGACUGUUCGGACAGCCAGAGGUUCACUCGCUGGAGGUUGGCCAUGCUUCCUUAUGUCAUCUGCACCUUCUUCUUUACCUUCUGCAUCCUCGCUGGGGCAUUGGUGUGCUAUACCAUGAAGAGCUCCCUGGAGGAAUCUCUCCACCUGGGCCUCAAGCGAGCUAUGAGUUUUUACAAGGACACUGAUACCCCCGGGCUCUGCUUCAUGAAGAAGACUAUGGAUGAGCUGCAGUUCAAGUUUCACUGCUGUGGGAACAAUGGAUUCAGGGACUGGUUUGAGAUCCAGUGGAUCAGCACACGUUACUUGAACUUGAACUCCAAAGAUGUUCAGAACCGUUUGAAGAGUAACAUAGAUGGGAAGUACUUACUGGAUGCAAUUCCGUUCAGUUGCUGCAACUACAACUCUCCCCGGCCUUGUAUCCAGCAUCAACUCACCAACAACUCGGCUCAUUACAACUAUGACUACCUGACUGAAGAGCUCAACCACUGGACCACAGGCUGCAGACAGGCACUGCUUGACCAUUACGUCCAGAUCAUGCAGUCUAUAGGAUUGUCUGUACUCAUCAUUUGGCUCUUUGAGAUUUCAGUUCUCACUGGUGUCAGAUACCUACAGACUGCAAUGGAAAAUGUCAUCCUGCAGGGAGAUCCUGAGUGUGAGUCAGAGGGUUGGCUACUGGAGAACAACUUUGUGGAAAAAGCCAAAACAAAUCUGAACAUCAUUAAAACCCUGCGCAAGGUCAAUCAGAUAUCUACUAUCUCUGGAAUGGAAAAUCCCAAUAUGGAUGUUAGAACAGCUGCCUAUGGACCUGACAAUGUCCUCCACUAA